UGUAACAUUAAGUGGAUGUGACGUUAAGUGGCUUAACUGUAAAAAUGACUUACUUAGUGGGAACUAGAAGGUUCAUUAGAAGAUGCCAAGUAGCAAUAACCAACACAAUUUUUCGAAUUGUGACGAGGAUAGCAGAACUCAUCGUAGUAGUUGCUCUAGCAGUAUAUUACUUUACAGAAUCAUUCAUUCUCACUUUAGCACCGUCUUUUCUAAUACCUGAAAAAGACAUUUCUGGAAAAAUCGCUUUAGUUACCGGUGGUGCUGGUGGUGUAGGAAAAGAACUAGUGCUUCGAUUGGCUAAACAUAAACUGACGGUUAUUGUUUGGGACAACAAUUCAAAAGCGUUGGAAAAACUGGAAGAAGAUUUAAAAAAAUUAGGACUUACUAUUCACACAUAUACUGUCGACAUAACUGAUAAAGAUUUGGUCUACAAAUAUGCAAAAAUCGUUAAAGAAGAAUUAGGUCCGGUUGAUAUUCUUAUCAAUAAUGCUGGAGUAGUUUGUGGACAAACAUUUUUAGACAUUCCAGAUUAUAUGAUUGAAAAAACAUUCAAAGUAAAUGUUAUUUCGCAUUAUUGGACUGCGAAAUCAUUCUUGCCAGAUAUGAUCAAACGAAGAACUGGCCAUAUUGUAACUGUAGGAAGUCUUACUGGUCUUCUUGGUACUUACAAAUGCGUGGACUACAGUGCUUCCAAAUAUGCUACUAUCGGAUUUCACGAAAGCUUAAUGACAGAACUUAAAACACACGGACAUCAUAGAAUAAAAAUGACUUUAAUUUGCCCAUACUUUAUCAACACUGGUAUGUUCGAUGGAUGCAAACCAAGGAAUUUACCCAUGUUGGAAGCAAAAGACGUUGCGAGAAGAAUAAUUAAAGCAAUAAAACGCGAAGAAGUUUUCGUAACACUACCAGGAUUCGCCAGAUACACUUUGCCACUUAAAAAUUAUCUUCCUCCAAAACUGACUUGGGCGCUUAUAAUUAAGGUUAUUCAAGGUCCGCAAUCCAUGAAGGGGAUGAGAUCUUUUAAAGAAGUUGAAGCUGCUUGAAACACAUCGCUAACAAAUAUUUGUAUUAUUAGUUUUUAGGAAUAUUCUCAUUUAAUAAAGAGUUAUUGCAAGUUCAAAUAACGGCAGGCACUAAAUAGUGCGAUUCCAUUUUGACACCUAAACAUGCGCAGAAAAUAUAAAUUAUAAUGGCAAUUUCAUUAAAGGUAGUAAUUGUGGAUAUAUAAGAACCGUAAAUAGGUAGUAACCUUAUAAC